CUGACAGCAGACAGACGGAAUGACAAACCAAGUACUAUGACCCUCGCUGAGCAUGCGCACCGAGGGUUAAUUACCUAUAUACAGUGGUAUCAAAUACCACCCAUGCAAUGACUCUGCCACUAACACAGAGUCACUAAGAAACUAGUUUUGUUUGCCUCCUAGACCUAUAUGUACCUGUACUCCUACUUGAUGCCAAAAGAAGUGAGGGAGAGGGUGGACAACAUCAUGGACUGUGAAGACAUUGCCAUGAACUUCCUUGCUGCACAUCUCUCCAGAAAACCACCCAUGAAGGUUCCUUCAAAUUUUGAUUUCCACUGUGCCGGAUGCAAAGCAAACAUAUCCAAAAAAAAGAACUUUUGGGAUGAACGCAGUGUCUGCAUCCAGUUCUUAACUCGUAUUUAUGGUUACCAACCUCUUCUCUACACCCAGUCUCGUACUGAUCCUGUGACUACUGAGAUCCCUUCAGUGAAUGAAUAUGGAAAAUGUUUAAGCCGACCUGACGGCGUUUAAUAGCUGGCCAUCCCCGCACACUUGUGACUAACUGCAUAGAUUCAUAAAACUGCUUACCUAAAAAGUGAGAACGUGUUUUGUUUAUCGCGGCCAUGUCCGCCAUUUUG